UCUGUUGAUCGAAUAUAACAUAUAUAAGACACACCCGAAUUAGUAAUCGGAAUAGUUUGUUCUCUAAUGCAGUUGAUAAUAGUUCGAUGAAGUGUGACACUUUAAUCUGUAUUCUGAUAGAAACUUUUGUACUAAGUUGUGAUUUGAGUGUGUGUCUGUCUUAAAAAGAUAAGCCAAGAUGAAUAAACCAUUGUUGUUCCGAGAAUCCAGCAAAGUCACCGAACAUUAUUCUCGAGAAGCAUUAAAAGAAUUUCCAAAUGUUUUCAAAGGGAUUUCAGAUGGAAAUGAAUCAUGGCUUGAUGCUGGCUGUGGACCCGGGAAUGUCACAUUGAACGUACUUUUACCAAUGUUGCCAGAAAAUUUUAAACGUUUGGUCGGUGUUGACGUCUCCAAAGAAAUGGUAACUUAUGCUCGAGAAGCGGCUGCUCAUCCAAAAGUGUCAUAUGAACUACUCAACUUGGAUGUAGAGCUAGAGAAGCAGUCUUUCAAUGAAACCGAAGCUUUUGAUCAUGUAGUUUCGUUUUUUUGCUUGAUGUAUAUCAAAAAUCAAAAUGUGUGCAUUGCAAACUUCAACAAACUACUCAAAGCUGGUGGUGACGUGUUGAUAGCGUUUCUAGUCAAGCAUCCAAUGUACGACGCUUACGAACACUUAGCUAAAAGCAGCCGUUGGGGAGAAUAUAUGAAAGAUGUUGAUAGACAGAUAACUCCGUACCUGCAUUCAACAAAAGCAAAGGAAGAAUUUCAACUCCUGUUGGAAACUGGUGGAUUCACUGAGCUGGACGUUAGAGUCCAAGACAGUCUCUACGUUUUUGAAGACGUCAACACAUUGAGAGAUUUGCUCCAUUCCGUCAAUCCCUUCAUCGACCGUAUUCCAGCACACGACAAACAGGCAUUUUUAGAUGAUAUGAUAGGAUAUUUCGUGCAAGCAGGCUAUGCAUUAGGCGAGAAGGAUGGCAAAGCUAGCGGAUUCAAAUUACCCUACAGAAUGAUGGUGGCUUAUGGGAAAAAAGCGUCCAUUCAACUAAACUAAAAAUUCAUUUUUGAGAUUAUUCUAAUACAUAUUCGGGGUAUCAGGUUCUCCGUGUACCAUAUUAGAAUUAUGGAGAUGUUAUUUAUGAGAAAUGGCGAAACAAAACGUUAGAAAAGUGUGUAAAGAUCAGAGAAAUAAGAAUACUCGUAUGCUAUAAUACGACGGUAUUAUCACUGAAAAUGCGUUUGA